GGAAGGGAACUGUUGCAAGCCUGUUGCUAUGGCCACGCAGCAGCAGGCUGAGCUGUUUGUGUGGCUGGAAUCCUGCUGCAUCAGCUACUGCACGAAUUUAAUUGAAUUUGGAGGAUGAAGUCCAACCUAAUGCAUUUGGUUCCCCCAGUGAGUAGGGACAGAAUAAUCUCACAGUUUCCCAAGUGGUACACACCCGAGGCCUGUCUGCAGUUGAAAGAGCACUUCCAUGCAGAGGUCAGGACUGCUUGUCAGCAGAGCACUGGAACAGUUGGGCUGAAAAUAUCCAAAGUUGUUGUGGUAGGAGACCUGUAUGUUGGGAAAACCAGCCUUAUCAACAGAUUUUGUAAAGAUAAUUUUGACCGAGACUACAAGGCGACCAUUGGAGUGGAUUUUGAAAUUGAACGUUUUGAAAUAAGUGGAAUACCAUAUAAUCUCCAGAUAUGGGACACAGCAGGUCAGGAAAAGUUCAAGUGCAUUGCAUCUGCUUACUACCGAGGAGCAGAGGUUAUAAUAACAGUGUUUGAUCUGGCUGAUAUUCAGACUUUGGAUCACACCAAACAGUGGCUAGAAGAUGCACUGAGAGAGAAUGAGCCAGAUUCUAGCUUCAUCUUUCUGGUUGGAACAAAAAAAGAUUUGGUGUCAGAUGCUGUAUGUGAAAGGACAGAGCUAGAUGCCAUCCGCUUUGCCAAUGAGAUGCAGGCAGAAUACUGGUCGGUUUCAGCCAAAACAGGGGAAAAUGUCAAAGAGUUCUUUUCUCGAGUUGCUGCCUUGGCCUUUGAACAGUCCAUGAUAAAGGAGCUGGAGAAAACUGAUGGGCACAUGGUCCAAAUUGGGACAGGAAACCUUAUCAAACUGGAAGACAAAAUGAUGGAAAUCCCAGACAGCAACACUCAAGUCAGCCUGAGUUGCUGCUAACUGUCAACUGUUUCUGCAAGUGCCAUGUUCUCUGUAGUCUACCAUAGAGCACCUGCAACAAUGAAAGCUCUCAAACCAGAAAUAGAAAGCUUUAUUUUUGGAAAUGAGAGGGGAAAAACUUACCCAAACUUUCUUUCUCAGAGUCCCCUUGCUGCUGCAGGCUCACUUGUGCAGGAUGGUACAAUUGUUACACAAACCUUUCUCUGUGUAGUGGAAAUGUAACAUCUUUGUCUUAAUUCAAGAAAGACAUUGUCAGUGCCAUGUGCUCACCUGUCCACCAGAAACACUUGUAGUCAAAAGUUACAUAAUUUUACUUUGAUAAUUCUUAGAUAGUGAAGUUGCAUUCUCAUGGGAGCAGAAAACAAAUGACAGUUCAGAAUAAAGGGUGCUACCCAUAUAUUUGCCUUUUGAGACCAUGGUAUAAAAUAACUCUGACUUGCUUUUAUGCAUUCCAAACGUUUUAAAACUGUUCCAAAAGAAAUCUUUUUAAAUAACAGGUAUGAAAGUACACAAAUGCAGACUGCGCAGUUUCCACUGUGGUUUUCCAUCCAUGAAAAAUCUGUAUUUUUCAUUUUCUGCUUGAGAAUCAGAGCCCAAUAUUUAAAUAUUUCUGAGCCUAGGAGAAAUGCAGUAGGAACUUUGUUCUUUUGUUCUGGUUGUCUAAUAUUUUGAAAAUGUUACCAGACAAAAGUGUUAUUCUUUUCCACACUCUUAAAUAAGAAAGGAUAGUCACAUAGGUGCAUGGCAUGGAAUACAUGAAAUCUAAUUUUUCAUCUUCCAAAGAGGAUGCAGAAUCCUUCACUGGAUUGAUCUUAACAAAUAUUUUCUGCACUGCAGUUCUACUUUGUUGCUAAGAGUAAUGACUUUUUAAUUUUGUUCUAACUGGGGUAUUGUUGUUUGUAGCAAUGUAAUGUGUUUCUGGAACCAUAUGCAGUCUCAGUCAUGAACUUGUUCCUCCCUGUCUGGGGUAGGCACUCUGAGCUGGUAAGGUUAAAUUUGAUACUGCUGCUGAACUCUUACUCACUGUAUCUGCUUUUACUGGACAAGAUAAUUUGAUCACUAGAUGCUUGGAGCAAUUUGCUCCACUGCUUAAUAAAAGCAGUAAUGGUAGAGAAAUAGUUUUGCCUUUUUCUGAAAAGACAUGCAAGCAUAUGUGGGUUUAGAGGGAUGGGAAAAGAUGGGAAUUCUCCCAAGCAGACACUUGCUUGUUAAGUCCUAAGGUACUUGCCAUAUGUAGAUGUCAUUACUGAGUAUUUAUGGUAGAACCUGCCCUCUGGACAUGUUGCUGUGGCUUGGUGUGCUGGCUGGAUCAAAAAACGGUUGCCCCAGUUUUGCUUUUUCAAAUACUCUUUGACAUAACCUUGUGCAAUUAGUCCUUUAGACAUGACAAUUGUUAUUUAAUGAGGAGAGAUCAGCUCUGGGUACCAUCCAAGUAAAGCAGCCUUACAAUGCUCUUCCACUCUUUGGGCAAGAGUGACUGAUGCCAAAAGAUAUUCCUGUUUUAAAAGUAAUUCCUGCUGACAAAUGACACUGCAGGAAAUUUGAAUGACUAAUAAUGUUGCCUGAAAUUACUAUAACAAAUACUUGGCCAAGUAUUUGUGAAAUUGUAUGAUUAAUUAUGAUAAUUAGGCUUAAACUGAAAAAGUACAGAAGAAGGGAAAGGGAAAUAAAUUCAUUUUAUUUCCCUCUAAUUUUUUCCAGUAUGUCACUGAAUUUUAACAUUCAGUUCUGAGUAUUUAGUUGGUGAUAUUUCUCUAAAGAUAAAGGAGAUGCUGUAAAUCUUCUGCUUGCACUAAACCGUACAAAUAUAUGGUCCUUCAAAAUUAUUAUAAACACUCAAAUAAAAUAAUUAACAAAAGAAUCAAAGUGGGACAACAGGAAGACUGCUUCUCUAGAUAUCUUUCAGCAGCUUAUAACUCCAUACUUUUUAGAUCCAGCAUUACAUGCUAUGCUAUGCUAGCAUAAAAGAAAAGGAACAUCUUCUAUAAUGCUCUAAAUUUCAUAUUGCAACUAUUUUAAAUGGAGAGAAAGAAGAAAACCUAUGGAAAUUUACAACUUACAGUGUCUUAAGAGAUUCAUUCAAUCAUUGCAGAAACAAUAGUGUCUAGAAAACUGAUUAGAAAAGGACCUUCCAGAUAUGAACUGCUGAGAUAAUAAAGACAUUUGUUAAUAAAUCUAUGCCUCACACUGAAAAUAUUCUAGAUUCUCUGCCCAAUUCCCCCUCCCCAAUUAUUUGAUAAGAAGUAGGAAAAAGUGGAGAAAAGAUGACUUAAACAUCCUUUUUAUUGCUGUUAUUUUCUUAUGAUGUAAGUUAGAACAGCUUCAUAGAAUAUGAGUAGAAAUCUAGGAACUCUGUCUUUUUUUUUAUUGGACAGUCUUGACUUUGGCAAC